CUACCGGCUUUUCCUCCUCCUCGCGUCUCUUCGUUCGUUGAUUCGUCUGCAUUCUCCUCUUCCCUCUCCUUUACCUUCUACCUUGAAAUCUUCCCUCUAUUCUAUUUGUAUUUAAUGGAAUAUCAUAUGUGAUCGAAAUAUAAAGUGUAUUGUAGAGGGGAAGUAAAAGGAUUCGUAAAGCUAACAAUUACUUUUCUAGUAAAUUUCUUUUUCAUCUUCCUUCCUUCCUUAAAAUCUCAAAAAGAUUACACCAAUCCUAUACAUAUCCAUUCACCUUUCGCUAUUGCAAGUAAGGUGGGUGCUACAGGCAUGCCAUAUAUGCAUACACACAUGUUCUAUAUCUCUAUAUAAGGCUUUUCGUUGGGAGGAUGGGUUUUAUUUUAUCGUUGUAAUUCUAAGCUUAGAAUGUAAUAAAUUUGAGAGGUUGAGAAAAAAUAUCGAGGGACUUCUUCUUCUGCUGUGGGGUUGAUUGUUAAAUUAAAAUUUCUUUUUUUUGUUUAGCUCUUGGGAAGAGGAAAUGGCUUUUAAUCUUCGGUCUGAAACGCAAGAGCCCAGCAUCGAUACCGAUAAGCUCAGCUAUGAAAUCUUUUCCAUCCUGGAGAGCAAGUUUUUGUUUGGCUACGAUGAUCAGAAGCUUUGGAUUCCUAAACAGAUUGCUCCCGCCGCCGCCACCGUCGUUGAAGAGAAUAAUAAAAACGAGGUCGUUUCGACGUCGCCCCGAGGAGAAAUGGUCGACGGAAACGGCGUUCAGGCGAUAAAGAAUCAGAGGGGGAAGAUAUGCAUCCUCAGCAUCGACGGUGGUGGAAUGCGGGGCAUCGUAGCUGGAAAAGCCUUGGCUUAUUUGGAAAAUGCGUUGAAGCUAAAAUCGGGCAAUCCUGACGCUAGAAUCGCUGAUUAUUUCGACGUCGCCACGGGCUCCGGCGUCGGAGGUAUCUUUACCGCCAUGCUCUUUGCCACCAAGGAGCGAGGACGCCCGAUUUUCCACGCGGAUGAUACGUGGAAAUUCUUGGCCGAGCAGGGUAAGAAAUUCUACCGCUCCUCGAGUUCGAGCUCCAGCGGAGGCGGCAGCUUUCUCAGGCGUGCUUUCCGAGGCGGAGGAGGCGGCAGCGCCACGGCCGCUUCAUCAGCGGCCUUGGAGAAGUCGAUGAUAGAGGCGUUUGCGGACAAAACGGGGCGGAGCUUAACGUUGAAGGAUACGUUAAAACCGGUACUGAUUCCCUGCUACGAUUUGUCCAGCACGGCGCCGUUCGUGUUCUCACGAGCCGACGCGCUGGAGACAGACAGCUUCGACUUCCGGCUCUGGGAGGUCUGCCGAGCGACGUCGGCGGAACCGGCGGCGUUCGAACCGGUAUGCCUGAAGUCCGUAGACGGCCAGAGUCGUUGCGUGGGGGUGGACGGGGGAUUGGCCAUGACCAAUCCAACGGCGGCGGCUAUAACCCACGUGCUUCACAACAAACAAGAGUUCCCGUUCGUGCGGGGGGUGGAGGACAUUUUGGUACUUUCACUAGGUACCGGCCAGCUCCUGGAAGGCAGCUUCGGGUACGAGCAAGUGAAGAGCUGGAAGGCCAAGGACUGGGCUCGUCCUCUGGCUCGCAUAUCCGGAGACGGCUCGGCUGACUUAGUCGACCACGCCGUCGCCAUGGCUUUCGGCCAGAGUCGCAGCAGUAAUUACGUCCGUAUCCAGGCAACCGGAUCCAGCUUUGGGCGAUGUGGGGGGAAUACAGACUCCGACCCGAGUCCCGACAACGUAAAAUUGCUGGUGAAAGUAGCAGAUGAAAUGCUGAAGCAAAAGAAUGUAGAGUCGGUGCUCUUCAAUGGCAAGAGGAUUGGAGAGCAGAGCAAUUUGGAGAAACUGGACUGGUUCGCCAGUGAACUUGUGCUGGAGCAUCAGAGGAGGAGCUGCAGAAUAGCUCCCACUGUUGCUUUCAAACAAGCUACAUUAGCAGACCAGGAUGGCCCCAAACAGUAGAUAAAAAGUACUACUUAACUGCUCUCUCUCGCUCUCUUCACAUCAGUGCACAAUUUCUUGAUGCCGGACAAGAUCCGUUCCAAGGCUAAUGCUCAGACCUAAGUACACAAAUACUAGAGAGUAUCAACUCUUGUCAUCAGGAAUAUUCUUGACAUGAAAACCGUUAUUUUGUUUUCAUUUUUGGUGUACAGACUGAUGGGGCUGCCCUCCAUUAACUUGGUUCGUCUAAGAAAUGCCACCAUCAGCAGCCAUAUCAGCGAUCAAUACCAAAUGAUUAGGGAAGGAUGGGACCAUAAAGACUGUUUUGCUAAGGGGACACCUGACCUUUUACCUAAAUUUAACUUGGCGAAUUAAACAGUGUUACUUUUUGGGACAGCAUGAGAAGAAAUGCUAGGAUCUAACUUUAUUGUGCCGCUCCUUUCUGCAUAAUUUGAUUUAGCCCUUGAAUGUGAUAACGUUUCCCAAUCCAUAAUUG